AUGACUCGAAGCGAGGGUCCUGUCAGCAACUCUGGUGAACUCUUUGCCAUGGCAAAAGCCCGCCGCCGCCAGAAGAGACAGGUCAAGAAAGCAGCCAAGAGGGAAGCUGAGCGCAGCAACAGCGACUUCAUUUGCAGCACUGUUGGGGGUUUUAUUGACGCAUCAAGCCCAGGGAAUAUGGCCCCCCAACCCUCUCAUCAGACCAGCAUACAAUCCCAGCAAGCGCUGCUCGGACAUGGCGAUGAGCCUGAGAGUCGUACCGGCCUGGGUCUCGAGAAACGAAUCAAUGACGAGGAAGUGUUGCGAAAUCACACAACGGCCAAAACUAGCCCGAACGCCAGCACCAUCGGCGACGGUCCUUCGCAAAAGCUACCUGCAAAUGGUGACAUGUCCACACGCCCGCGUCAUUUUGACUACCAGCGAGGUCGUGAGAUGUUUCAAGCAGAGUGGGUGGCGGCCGCAGCAAAGGUUUCCGGGGGCCGCAUCACGGCCAAAAAGGAGGACAUGGAGGACUGGGUCAGCCCUUCGGCCAGCGUGAGGCGUCGGCGGGGCUUCGCCAGGGACACGGAUCCGGAUACCAUCAGACGCUACGAGCACACGGACAUGAAGCUUGCUCUCGGCGAGAUGGAACGCCUGGAAGAGGGGGACGAUGAGAGGGCGGCAGAUGUGCGGAUGGCGGGAAUGUAG